AAACUGUUGCCAUAGUAAUAAAGCUAAAGGAUGCAGAGUGAAGCUGCUUGAACUUCUCUGUGCAUGCACAGUAAGUUUGAACGUUCUAUCUCACUUUCGCUGUUUACAGCAGUGCUUGGAAGGAAGCUGUGUUGUGUGUGAUCAUUGCAUUUAACCUUGACAGUGAAAGCUGUCAUGGCAAUACUCGAUCAGAGUCUUGCACAAACUUGCACAAACUGUAUGGAGAGAAAUCUGUGAGCCACACACAAGUGUUCCGCUGGGACGAUUUGGCAGGAACCGGUAAACCCACGGACUGUACCAAGUGCCACUUUUUGCAUUGGAAUGGUUUUUACAGCUUGAUACUCUUCCUAACGCCAAUCAGCUGUAAAGGACAUGAUGGCAAUGAUGCUUUAUUAUUUCCAGCAGGCUCAAUGAAAAUGUUGAAUAUGUAAAGCAUUCUUCAUUGGCUUACGUGUCCUUUCCGUUUUUCUAAAACGUUCGCUUUUGGUAUGAAGGAGAUUUGACUAUUAUUUCUAGUGGAUCGAAUAACUACACACACAGCUGUAUUUGCUUUUAUAUAUUGUUGUUUCGUUCUUUGUUAAAUUUUAAAUUUAAUACCCUAAUUAUUAUUAUCUUUCUAUUUCAGAUCUUGUAAAUAUGCGAGUACAUAAAAAAGCUAUCUUAAUUUUCUUUCUGAUGGCAUUCUUUGGGUUUAUAAUCUAUAAGAUGUCACACUCUUUCAAUCCGACAAACCCACAUCAAUACAAACGUAUGUGGGGAGAGGAUGAAAGACUGAACAUCGUAUUUUUAUUUGCUGUUAAAUCCUAUCCAGAAAAUUAUGAAUUGCGGAAAGCCAUACGAGAAACAUGGGGCACGUAUAUAAACCCUAGCUCAAAGAGUAAGAUAUUAUUUUACAUGGGACAAUCUUCACGCCCUGAAGUUAACAUCAAAGUUGCUGAAGAGUCCAACCGAUUCGAAGAUAUUUUCCAGGGACAAUUUAUCGACUCUUUUGAACGUCAGAGCCUGUGUACUUUAACUGCUUUUAAGUAUAUCCUAAUAACAUAUGCUCAAAUUAGAUUCUUAUUUAAGGUUGACGAUUCAACAUUCAUUAACAUCCCACACCUCAUACGUGUUCUGAAAAGCAAUGAGUAUUUACUACAUAACUUUAUUAUGGGCCGAGUCAUGAACUAUACACAGCCUCAGCGAAACAAGAAGUCACCGUGGUACGUUUCAAGGAACGUAUAUGCAUUGGAUUUCUACCCAAAUUACGCACAGGGAUUCGCUUAUCUAUUUAGUGGGAACCUAAUACAGCAUUUCGUUCAAGCAUCAUUCAAAGUUCCUCUCCUUAAGAUUGAGGACAUUUUUGUAACUGGAAUUUUAGCUCAGAAUCUCAAUGUGAAUUACAUACACAGCACGAAGUUUGGUAUACCAGAGGAUAGUUGUGAAAACAGCCACUACAUAGCUAUACCAUACUUGUACACAGUCGAGGAUAUGAAACGAGCUUACAUGUCCGUCGAAGCCCCAAAUGAAAGGUGCGCUGAAAUCAAAAGAUGAAAAAAAUCAACAUUUAAAAUGUCGCGUUUUAUCUGUCUAUAUCUAUGUUUCGAUAUCUCGAUUGAUUUGAGAAGAAAUAGGAAAUAAUUCGCGAAAACUGCGUCAUGGGAGAUUACUUCUUACAUCAUAUUUAUAAUGGUCAGUUGAAGUUACGUCCCUUUAUACAUAUCCAGCCAUAACUCUCAUCUCUCAGCUUCUCUCUCUCUCUCUUUCUUUCUUUCAUUCUCUCAUCAUUACUCUUUGCCGAUGCAAAUCGUUGCUGUUUUUUUAUUGGUCUACCACUUCACGUCUUACAGAAAUCAAUAUUUCAAAAUUCCAGAUCUUUUGUGAGGAACAAAAUAAUAAACAUUUCCCCCCCCCCCCCACAGUUCAUGUGCAUAAGGUCGUUUACUUCAUCAACAAACUGGUUCAGUUGAAAUGAUUGCCACCUUUCUAUCUUUUAGUUGUUUUAGUUACGCAUAAGCUACACGAAGCAAUUACCGACAGCAUCACCAUAGCAACAUGCUGGCAAACACUGUGCUUUAGGGUGCGAGCUAGCAAAACUGUUAGCGCGUCGAACAAAAACCUAAGCGGCAAUUUUCUACGGUUGUUUACCUUCCGAGUUCAAAUGCCAACUAGAACUUUAUUGCUAGGGCUAACAAAGACAUGGGAUAGGACAGCAAAUGCGAGCUUUGUGUCACGGAAAACGUAAAUAUCAUCAAAUCAAAAGGUA